CGAGGUUCCUGUUGUGGUAAUUGCAGUUGUUGUUCCAAUGGUCAUGUCACUGCAAGAUCAGCUGAAGCGCCUCGGCACGGCCGAUUUGCGCAACACUACUGAAGUGUCCAGAAGAUACAAGGCGUCUUUUCUCUUUACUGCCAAGGAAGCCGCAGAUAAGGAUCUCGAGACGAUCUAUGCCAUUGGUUACAAUGGUAUUUUGGAACUCUGUAAUCUCGACGAGCGUUUUACCGCUUUCCAAGAGACUCUGUUUUCUGAAGGCAUGAAAUCCGUUGACCGUGUCCUUCAGACUAAAGAAGAUAACGAAAAACUGGAUGCCAGUGUCACGGCCUUUUUGCGACAACUAUCACCUUAUUUUCUCGUAAAGCCUGCCGGCAAAGCUUUGGAAUGGUUGAUCCGCCGUUUCCGUAUUCACCAGUUCAAUGUCGAAGCCAUCGUUGGUGCCAUUCUGCCUUAUCACGAAACAAAAGCCUUUGUCAAGAUGGUGUCCAUUCUUCAGAUUGAUGAUGCCUCCCCUUGGGGCUUCUUAAAAUCUAUAAAGGAAAGCGGCGUUCCUUUGCCUCGUUCCGUGCUGGUGACAAAGCUGCACAAAGAUCGCUUUGUGUUGGACUUUGUAUGCAAGACAGUGACGGAAAACCCGGUGCACUUUUCCACUUUGUAUGCUUUCUUUGCCGCUACCAUGACAUCGUACAUCACCGCAGGUGAACGAAUUACCGAGGACAAGGCGGUUGCAUUGAUGCCCUACCUGAUCAAUGGCUUGAACGCCCGGAAGAUCCCGGAAUUGCAGAUUGCUGCUUACAUGAUCGUUUCUCAGCUCUCUUCGGUGAUCACCUUGAGCACCGCCGCUAUUUCGUCUUUCACUCGUCCCAUGCUGAAGCGCUGCGGAGAAAAGCACUUGGGUUUUGGCCUUCUUGCCGUGGUUCACCUUGCUCAAACACAAGCCAGUUUUGAAGGUCUGGGCAAGUCGACUACAGCCGCGUUGAUGCGUUCGCCUUCGUUUGAACAACAUUUAUUGGAUAUUGCCGGCAAAUACACCACCGAACGCUUCAUGGCUUGUAUGAUUCCCAGCUUUUGCGCCGCCGGCAAGGUGGAGCUUCUCCAGAAAUUGGUGCUCAACAGUUACCUUUCGAGUGAAAAUGUCCGUUUGCUUUGCAAUCGUCUCGUUGACAAUUAUUUGUCCGUUCCUGCUGACGGAAAGAAGGAUUACGUUGCCACGCAUCGUCCCUUGUUGAUGGCCAUUUCUCAGCUUUGUGUGGAUGAUCUCGAUGCUGUACUGGAGAAAAGAGUUCAAAAGGUCUCUUCUACCGAAUCUCCCGAUCUUUACGAAUUCAUCUCUGCCGCUUUCAAGGGUACCCGACACGAUGUGGUGCGUGAAGCCAACACGACCUUGUACCUGUGCCUCAACAGUCCCGCCGCUUCGGUCCGCUUGCUUGGUAUCAAGAAACUUGUGACUAUUUUGGAUGAUAAAGAAAGUGCUUUGACUCAGUCGCCUGAUAUGAUUCGCUCCUUGUUCGUCGGCGCGCUUGAAAGCUUUGAUGAUCUUCUUUUGUACAUGAUCCGUGAUGUGCCUCAGAAGCUAUUGGAAUUUGUGCCUGCUCAAGACGUUUUCAACGCUUUGAAUCGUCUUAUGCAAGAACGUGGUGCAUAUGCUAACAAGUCCGCCCAUAUCGUUGUUCAAUUCCUUUACGAUCAAUUGGCUCUCAAUCAUCCAGAGAUGGCCACCCGUGUGGCUCGUCUGUUAGCCGUUUUUGCUUUUGCUGCAUCCGACGAUAAUAUCAAAGCGUUCAAGCCAACCUCUGUGAAGAAACAGGGUCAUCUUCUCAAGACAAUGUACGAACAUUAUCAGACAUCGGUCAAGUCCUCUGGUGCGAUGUCUUUCAUCAAGUUGGAGGCUGACGGUAUCCAAACCGAGGUUUCAAAGGAACGACUUGAUUUCUGGAUCGACAUGGUGAAGAGCGACAAUCGCGUAGAAAAGGUGCUCGGACUUUUGGUGAUCAGUCGUGCCAUCUAUAUCACCAAGGAUACAAAGCAAUACGGUUUGGGAUUGGCGGCUCUGGAAGGUGUAUUCGCUUCUGUAGAUGCCGAAGGAAAGAAGGCCAUUUAUACCACCAAGUAUCUUGCUAGUAUGGGUUCGACCGAAGAGGGAUUGCCCUUAUCGACUAUGUUCAACAGAUUGUUGAAGAUUGACGAUCUUGACGAUCUUACCAUCGCUCGCUUGAUUCAGCUCGUUAUCCGCAACAUCGCCGUUGCCAUGCAACCGUUGAAUGAAGAAAUUGUCUGGUCCGCCGCCGAAAGUCAAUCGCAAAAGGUGCGCUUGUAUGGUCAGACCAUGGUGGCGUUGUUCAAAGCGCUUGUGGGUGGUCCCACUCUCGGUUGCUUUGAGUCCAUGCUUCCGACGUUCAUCCGUGACCAUUUGCAGAAUAAGCCUUGGGAGUUUUUGGUGCUUGUUUGGAGCAGUGAAGAUGUUUCCUACGUGAUUCAAGCUCGUGCUUUGCAAAUCGCUGCUUCUUUGAUGACCCACAAUGGCUUGCAGUCCAAUGCGGUCGAUUUCCAACAUUUGGUGCCUGCUCUGCUCCCCCUUUUGCAAUCUGAGGAAUCGUCUCUUCGCGUGCAAACGAUUCACUGCUUGCAAGCUAUCCAGAAAGCUUAUGCUGCUGUCGGGCUUCCUACAGGUCGCAAAUUCUACGAAAAAGACAACGACAAGAAAUCGUCGGCCGGUAAACCUUCCGGUAAUAUCACCAUCUUGAGCAGUUCCAGUCUUUAUGGCCCUUCAGGUGCAGAUAUCGGACACAUUCGUUCGGACGAUGCCGCUCAUUUCGUGGAUUACCUUUGCUAUCGCAGCACUGAAUUGUCGGGUGAUCGCAUGUAUAUUGCGAGCUUGCUCAAGGAAUAUCUGCAGCUUUGCGAACAAUCAAAGGACAAAUCGGCCCGCGUACGAAAAGACACCAUUCUUGGAUUAUUCUUGGACCACGUCAAGGCGUUGCCGUAUCGAUCGGUGCAAAUUAAUUUGUUGAAUCUGUUGCAAGAUAUUGAAGCGCCUCUUAAGCUACAGAAACUGGCGCCUGUUCUUCAAGCUGAACUCAAGAAACCGCGUGACACUGUCCACGCGCGCUUUGUUGGUUUGCUCAUUCGCUGCUACUUGCCUUGCAAUGCUAGCCAACUCGGAGCCAAGAACGAUACGACAUUACCGCUUUUCUUGGAGUUGUUGUCCAACAAGACGGAAACGGAGCAGACUUUGGACGUGUGUCUCUAUGCUCUUCAGCAAAUCACGCCUGCCUUCUUUGCUGAAGCAAACGAGAAUACCCAGCAGAAAUUAUUUGCUAACCUGAUCCGUAUUGCCACUGAUGGUCAGCAAAAGGAUAUUCGUGCCGCCAAAUCUGUUCUUUCUCGCAUUUCUGUCCCGGUCAAGAUGCUGGUGGAAAACUUGACCCUGGUGGCCAAGACUCUCAUGGGAUCCGUUACGGUGGAUUCGUCUACUCAAAGCGCCAAGCGCGCUCGUGUUGCGACCACCGCUUCCAAGCCUGUGGAUCUUUAUCAGCUCGUUACGGUGCUGGAAUACGUUGAAACGACCUCGAUCAUGGAUGAUGUGGCGCUGAUCAAGCCCUUGUUCGAAGUGCUGACGGCGGUGAUCAAUGCCGAUUUGCGCGACAGUCCUGUAUCGCUCGAUUAUAUUAACCAGAUCACGAUGGCCUCGCUUACGCGUAUCAUUCAAUCCGCGGAGGAAAAGAAGAUCAAUGUGGAAGAAUCUACGCUUCGUGUCGACGUGGUGGUGCAGUGCAUUCGUGUCACUGGUAAUCCUCAAACCCACAACCAGGCUCUGUUGCUGAUGGCCACCAUUGCUUCCAUGUAUCCUGAAUGUGUCUUGCACAACAUUAUGCCCGUGUUUACUUUCAUGGGUGCCAACGUGUUGCGACAGGACGACAAUUACAGUUUCCAGGUGAUUCAGCAAACGUUGGAAAAGGUGAUUCCUCCCCUGGUGGCUUCACGACGAUUGACAACCGAUGGUCAUGCUGCCCUGGCUCUCCAGGUGAAGCCUGUCAUCAAGGUGUUUGUGGAUGCUCUGUUCCAUAUUCCCAAGCAUCGCCGUCUCCGUUUGUUCUCGGUGCUUAUUCACACGCUUGGCGAAGACGAGUUCCUCUAUGUGAUUAUCUCAUUGCUUUUGGAGAAGUUCACCGAAAAGUUGGCCAGGGGCGCCAAGCAAGAAGCCGAAUCCCUUACGGAGUUCAGUUUGGUUAUCAGUCAACAGUUCACUUGCCAGACCCAGAUGAAGGCCUUGAUUGCUUUGCUCAAUUCCAUGUUGACAUUGCCCAACGAGAAGCCGGACGAUGUGGAAAUGAGCCAAGAUACUUUGUUCAAUGUGAACGAACACAGCGCCAAGCAAUUGCGCCAAUAUAAACUUGCGACGGUUAACUUUGUCGGUGAGUUGCUUGGAUCCAGAGGUUUCCUCAGCAAGGCGAGAAGCGUCAAUGCGGAAGACGCACGCGAAGCUUUGGAACCUUUCUAUUUGGAAUCGGUCGAGCUGUUGUUGAAGAUUGUGACCUACUUCUCCGACUUUGCCGAGCAGUAUGCCGCCUCGGCCGAGAAAAACCCAGCGGUGGUGAAGUUCUGGCGCGCGAUUUUGAAGGUGGUGUAUGACGUUCUUACCAAGGUGAAUGCUUUGUUGUCUCUUCCUGCGUUUAUCAAUGUGGUGACGCACCUCUUGAAACACCGCGAAGUCAGCAUUCGUCGCAAGGCCAUGACGCUUUUCAACGAAAAGAUUGAAGCACUUCGCGGCCAAGCUCCCGAGGAGGGUGAAUUGCAUUUGGUGAACAUGGUCAAGGAACUGUGCGACUGUAUUGCGAUGGAAUCCAAGACGACCAGUGAGGAAGAUAGCUCCAUCAAUAAACAAUCCGCCUUGUUGUGUAUUGCCUCGUUGGCCAAGAUCUCUGGCCAGAGAUAUCCUGGUGAAUUUGCAGAUGCUAUUCCUGUCAUCACUGGUGCUCACGGUUUGCAGGUGGACAACGAUCAACUCAAGAUUUCCAGCUUGGUGUGUCUUACGGUGAUUUGCCAAGAAAUUGGUCCUCGUGCCGUACCGCACUUGCCCAAAUUCAUGCCGAUCAUGAUUGAUCUUCUUAGCAAGACGGUGAGCCAAGAGUCUUCCAAUGUGAUGCUUGAAAUUGCCGUGAUUGCAGCUCUGGAGACGAUUGUCAGUGUACUCCCUCAUUUCGUCAGUCCUUAUCUUGGAAAAAUUCUCGGCGGUAUCUUGCAUUCUUCCAUCUAUGAAGUUGAUGUGUCUUUGGACGCUCAGCGCCAGGCCGUCAAGGAAAAGGCGGAUGCUGUUCUCUCUGCCGUGGCCACCAAGGUGCCACCGCGCGUGCUUUUGACGCCAGUGUUUGCUUUUUACGACUCUGCUUUGAAACGUGGCAAAAACUGUGUUUUGUCAUUGUAUUCUGUUGUAUCUCAGGCCAUCCGUACCAUGUCUCGUGACGUGAUGACUUCGCACUACAAGCAGCUGUUCAAGUUCUUCCUCUUGGCUUUCGAUAUUCGACGUACCCACGGAAAGCAAUUCGACGCAGAUGCCAUCAAUGAACUCGAAGGAUCGAUCAUUAACGCGUUCUUGGAUUUGGUCAUGAAGUUGAACGAAACAUUGUUCAAGCCUUUGUUCCUCAAGAUUUAUGAUUGGGCGACGUUGGAGCUGGGUGACGAUCGCUUCUCCAAGGCUGCCUUGGAACGAGCCCUGUUCUUCUACAAGUUGUUGGAUGGUUUGUUGGCGAAGCUCAAGUCUAUCUUUACGCCUUACUUUGGCUACGUGAUUGACGAUGUAAUUGCUCGUCUCGAGCAGUACAAGUCGACCGAAACCACCCCUGAUACAUUAUGGUGCUAUCUCAUGCAGGCGUUGCAGAAAUCGUUCUUGUAUGAUGCUGAUAAUUUGUGGAAUGCCGAGAAGUUUGAAAAGAUUUUGGAUCCUGUCAUCGAACAAAUGUCGAUCAUUGGCACCAACGAAUCGGAAGCUUAUCUGACCCGUAUGACGACUUACUUGGUACCCUGCAUUGGCCAAAUGGCUGUCACUAUUUCGAACGAUACUCUUUGGAAGCCGCUCAACCACAAGAUUCUCAUGAAGACACGCGAGGAUAUACCCGAAAUUCGCUUGGCAGCCUUGAAGUGUAUUGAGGAAUUAUACAGUCGUUUGGGCGAAGAAUGGUUGCUGUUCUUGGCAGAGAGCAUUUCAUUCCUUGCAGAACUCAUGGAAGAUGAUGAUCCUCGUGUUGAGAAGCUUGUACAGCAAGUCAAUGCUCAAAUCGAAACGCACUUUGGCGAAAGUCUCGACAAGUUCUUCCAGUAAAACUUGCCCCUCUCAUCUCAUCAAUCUGUCACAUAGAAACAGUCACUGUAUAGAUUUUCAUUGUAACGAACACAUGCAUACAUUAAAAGAUCUCUUUACCGUUCAUUGUCGAU